GGCCGCGGCGAAAACCGACGAGCAGUCAGUCUGCGGAUUGCAGCGAAUUCGCUCAUUUGAAAAAAAAAACAUGGCUGGAAGAGGUGGUUAUGAACACGCUAGGAGCGGAUUCGGUGGAGAGCGGCAUGUGAAGCAGUUGCCCACGGAACCGCCCUUCAUCGCCUUCGUCGGCAAUCUGCCGCAGGGCCUGGUCCAAGGCGAUGUCAUCAAAAUAUUCCAAGACUUUGAGGUGAAGAACGUGAGGCUGGUUAAGGAUCGUGAAACGGAUCAGUUCAAGGGCUUCUGUUAUGUGGAGUUCGAGACGCUGGACAAUCUGGAGCGGGCCCUCGAGUGUGACGGAAGGAUCAAGCUUGAUGAUCUCUCCGCUCCACUCCGCAUCGAUAUAGCCGAUCGUCGGAAAAAUGAUCGCCCUGGUGGCGGCAUUGGAGGCGGUAAUGGCGGCGGCAUGGGUCGCGACGGCGGCCGAGACGGAUUCCAGAAACGCGGCCCGCCACGCCAGGGCGGCGCAACGCAGUCCUAUAGCCGAAGCGGACCUGGUAGCAGCGGCGGCAGCAGCGGGGGCGGUCGCGAAGGCGGCGGCGGUUCGGGUAAUCGCGGCGAUAGUAGAGGUUCGUACAAUGAUAGUUAUGGUGGUCACAAUGAUAGAAGUCGCGGCGGCGGCGGCAGCGGCGGUCCAGGCACUGGCGGCGGUGGCAUGAAUAGAGGAUACAAUGAUCGGCCGGCGAACCGUGGUCGGUAUGGAAACUUCAACAACGACGAUCGGUUCGAUCGCAACCAGGAUCGCGGUGAUCGAGGCCAGCGGGAGGGCAGCUAUGGCAACCAGUCGAGGGACGGUGACCGCUACAACAACUUCAGCAGGCACCGCGACCGCGAGCGCACCCACUACAAUCCCAACCAGCAGAGCGAACGACCCAGCGGUGGUAUCGGCGGCGGUGGUGCCGGCGGUAUUGGAGGUGGUGGCGGCGGUGGCUCCUCCAUGGGUGCCAUUGAUGACACGGAACGGCCACGCCUGCAGCUGAAGCCGCGAACCAUUGCUGCGCCCAUUAAUGCGGUGGCCGAGACGAAGCAGUCGGCCUCCAUCUUCGGGAACGCCAAGCCCCGGGAGGAGAAGUUGAAGGAGCUGCAGCAGAACGUCAAUCACAAUGGCGAUAACUAGGGAGAGGUGGAGUCCGCAAUAUUAAUAUGCCUGAUAUGAUAUUUUGGUCUUGGAGUCAGCAGAGAAAGAGAACGAUACAGUGGGAUGAGUAAAAAAGAAAGAGAAGAAGAGAGGAGUAAAGGAGUAAGAAAAGGAAGAGAAGAGCAAAUAAAAAGGAGGAGGAGGAAAAUGAGUCGAGAAGGAUAAACAGAUGGAAGCAUCAACAGCAUGCAUAUAUAAACACAUACAUUAAUUAAUACAAACACUACGCUACAUAUACAUAUUAUAUACGACAGAGAUAUAUGUAAUACAUUACACAGAACGAUAACGAUAAUAGAUGAUGGAACAACAGGCUGGCCUGCCUCUGUGUCUUCUCAGUGUCCAGUGUCCAGUGUUUGAGUCAGCGAGUCAGUAAAGUAAACAUUAAAAAUAAUACCACUUAACAGAUGCAGAAGCCCAGCCCAGCCAAGCCACAUGCAACAUGCAACAUGCAACAUGCAACAAGCAAAAUCCCCUUUCUUAUUCUAUGCAGCAAGCAGCAACAUCGACAAAAUGGGAAAAAGUCUAUAUAUGUUAGUCUCUAAGCAGCGAUAAACCUUUAGUCUCUUGAACAUGGCCCAAGUAUAUAUGACUAUAUAUAUAUGCAUAUGAGUAUCGGAACAUAAUAUAUCUGUAUGCAUAUAGAUGCCUAUGUACUGAGAACCGUGAGCAUAGCAGCUCUAUGCACGCUGCUAUUUGUUAAUUAAGUAAAAUGCAUAUAUAAACAAAAACAACAAAAAGUUCUACCAUUAAGUCAUAAAUAGUAAAACAAACAAAAAAAAAAAACAACAAAAAAAGUAAAAAAAAAAAAAACAAACAAAAAGAAAAACUCGAAAAAGAAAGCAAAAAUCGAAAACUUAAAAAAAACCAUCCCUUUUUUGACGAAACGUUCAGCGUAGCGCAGGCAGGCAAUUUAUACAGUUUAUAAUAUAUAUACCUAUAUAUAUAUAUUUAUAUAUAUAUAUACUAUAUAUACAAUAACAAAACUAUUACACUGAAAGAAAUAAACAACAACAACAAAGGCAAGCAAAACACCAACUACGUACGUAAAAAUAGCGAAAAAGUGAAAGAGAAAGCCAAUGGAGAAUUAAAAAAAAUCGUUGAAUUAAUGAUAUAGAAAGCUAUAUAGAAAGAGAUCCAAGUCCAAGUCGCAAAAAAUCCAAUCCAACCAUUAAUUUUCAAACUUUUCCCUUUGAAUACUUUUCAAUAUUUUGUUACUAUACAUAUAUCUCCUAUAUAUAUAUCCUUCGAAGAAACCCAGCCAGCCAGCCAGCACCAAAGCACCCAGCACCCUCCUCCAUUAAUACACUGCACAGAAAUCUGAAUUCUUUUGUAGAUAACCACAAAAAAAAACAACCAACAAACACCCUUUGUAUAAGACGCUAAAAGUUAUGGACAAAAAAAACAAAAAUAUUAAGAAACAAAUAUAAAAAACCACAAAAAAUACACAAAAUACACAAAAAAAAAAUUUGUAUAAAUUAUAAUUGUUGUUGUUUCGUUUGUUUCGAUUUUUCUUUGCAUCCCACACAGAAUUGUACGUAAGCGGAAAAACGCUUUUCUUUCCUUUUCCUUACAAAGAAAAUAAUAGUAAUUUUAUUUUUUUUUUUUUAACAAUUUUUAUCUCCUGAACGAUGAUAAGUUUUUUUUUAUUUUUUGUAUCUUGAAAGAAUGCUGAGAAUACGCGAGAAACUUGUAAAUUAAUUUGAAAAUAAAGCGAAAAAACCUUUACCGA